AUGGAGAAAACUGAUAUUUUUAAACCCAUUACAACCACCUUGACCGGACCAAACUACAAUCUCUGGGUCCAAGGAAUGAAGAGUUUUCUGACCGGACGCAAGCUUUGGCGCAUAGUCAUCGGAGAUGUCGUCAAGCCAACUCAAGACAAAGAUGAAUCUGUUGCAAAAUUUGCGGACCGCCUUAAAGAUUGGGAUAGUAAAAAUCACCAGAUCAUUACGUGGCUGCGCAACACGUCUGUACCGUCUAUUCACAUUCAGUUUCAUAACUACGAUUCUGCAAAAGAAAUUUGGGAUUUCUUGAAAAACCGCUAUCAAACCACUGGCCUUUCACAUUAUUAUCAAUUAUGGACCACACUUCACAAUACCAAGCAAGAACCUGGUCAAUCGGUGAAUGAUUUUCUCGCUCAAGUCCAACCAAUUUGGCAUCAAAUAUCACUUGCCAAAAUCAGUGAAGACCACCUUCAUCUCAUUCAAGUCCUUAUGGCUCUUCGGCCCGAAUAUGAAGUCGUACAACCCUCACUACUGCAUCGAAAUCCGCUUCCAUCAUUGGACACUGCUAUUCAAGAAAUCAUUUUUGAAGAAACGCGUCUAAAUCUAGACAAAACUCCUCAAAUGGAUGUUGCUCUUGCAACUACUCGAUUCUCACAUCAAAAAUCGAAUCAUCAUCCAUGUAAGAAUUGCAAUCGCACUGGUCAUAUAUUUGCUAACUGUCCUAAUAUAGAGUGUAGGUACUGCCAUGGUAUCGGUCACAUUCUUGAACAUUGUCCCAUGCGACCUCCAAAACAAAAUCGUGGCUUCACCAAAUCCAAGAAUGUUCCAACGUCUAGAUCUUCCUCCAUAUCUGCUGCUGCCACUGAAGGUUCGACGACCAUCACUAUGAGUGACAUUGAAGCUUUAAUCAAACAGGUUAUGUCUUCCAACAACUCUACUGCCAUGUCUUCUAUUCACGGUACAGGAUCCGCAGACGAAGCAGAUCAUUGGGACGGGUCGCAGGAUGGGUCGGCUAUUUGA